AUGGUUAUUGGGAAUUUUGGGAAGUGUGGGGUUGGAGAUCCUAGGGAGUCUUAUUGUCGUUUUAAAAUUGGGAAUGGGUUUUCUACUCUGUUUUGGAAAGCGUCGUGGUUGGAAACGUUUUGUUUAAAGAAGGAUUUUUCGGAUUUAUAUGAGAAUUCUAGUUUGUUUAAGGUGGCGGUGGCGGGAAUGGGAGGUUGGGUGAAUGGGGUUUGGACUUGGGGGAAUUUUGGGAUUAACCCAUUGGUUUUAGCCGAGCAUAACCUUGAGUCGGAGAUGGAUUCCUUGUGUGUUUUGUUGGAGGGUCGUGGGCCUUGUAAUGCGGUAGGUGAUGAGGCGGUGUGGAGAGCCGAAUCGGAUAGAGUUUUCUACACUGUUUCUUGUUAUAAGUUUUAUGUCGGUUGUCGUAUUCCUUACGGUCCUUUUAAUAAAUUUGAUGGGGCUUUAGGUUUGGUGUGGAAAGCGGAAGUUCCGUUCAAAAUUAAGGCGUUUGAUUGGAGUCUCCUUGUGAAUAGGCUUCUAACAAAGGAUUUACUCUUACAUAGAGGCAUUACUUUUUUGGUAGAUAAUUUCAAGUGUGUUUUUGAUGGUGUCAAUCCGGAAAGUCGAAAUCAUUCUUUCUUUACUUGUUCUUCGGUUAAGGCAGUUUGGAGUGUGGUGGUUAUGUGGAUUGGUAAACCGUAUGGAGGGGUUGAGGUAGAUUGCUUGAGGGGUUUUAUGGAUUGGUUAUCCUUUUGUAAAAAAAAGAAAGUUAAAGAAGGUAAACUAGGAGUAGUUUGGUUAGCAACUUUAUGGACUCUUUGGCUUAAUAGGAAUGGAGUUUGUUUUCAGAAUGAAGUGUGGAAUAUGGAUAAUACAAUUUGGAGCAUCAAGUUUUUGGUGUGGAAGUGGGCUUUUAUAGGAGAUAUUACACAUUCCAUUUGUAGUUGUUACGAUUUUAACAAAGAUCCUUUGUUAUUUAUUUCGCAGUACCAAUUCGUUUGUAAUUUCUCGGGUUUUUUUGGCGGGGAUGUCUCCCCUUUCAUGAUGUAA